AACACACGAAUAAAAAAAAUCAAGGACAUGUUUGACUUUUCUCAUGUGAAUCCCGAAAAAUACUCAUAAAGACACGAUAAUAAACAUAAGUAGAAAACGAGGUGAAAUUAACCAAUAGAAAGAACAAAAAACAAAAAUGGUGUUUUUUGGUUGCAAUCUCUGAUGGUGUGGCAUAGCGUGAGCUCAAACAUAUCUUCAUCCCGUGGAAACAACCUUAACUCAACCACCCAGGUUGUUGUUCCUCAAUUCUCUCCAACCUUGUUUUUGUUCUUCCUUAAUUACUGCAAAAACAAAGAAAGCUCAAAUUGCAUGUACUACUUGACCAUUUCUCGAUUUCCUCAAAAUUAUUGAACCCCCUAUCUAAUUUUCCAAAAAAUUUUGAAUUUUGAUUUUUCCCAUCUGGAAAUUAAGUGUUUGGAGCUUUGAAAUUUUUGUAGUGUUUGAAGAAGAAGAGUGAAAAUGUGGGGUUUUGGUGGUAGAUAUUAUUGGGGAAGAAGAAGAAAGGUUGAUUUUGAGAAACAGAAUGGGAUAGUUGUUGUGUUUGCAUGGAUGUCAAGUGAGGAAAAGCACUUGAUGAGAUAUGUGGAUCUAUACUCUUCUCUUGGAUGGAAUUCACUCAUUUGCCACUCUCAAUUUCUCAAUAUGUUCUUCCCUGAUAAAGCCACCAUUCUUGCUGUUGAUAUUCUAAAUGAACUCGUUGAGGUGCUGAAAAUUAGGCCUUGUCCCAUUGUCUUUGCUUCUUUUUCAGGUGGUGCAAAAUCUUGUAUGUUAAAGGUUCUACAGAUAAUUAAUGGGAAGAGUGAAACACAUAAUAUGGAUGAUUACCAGCUUGUUAAGGACUGUAUCUCUGGCUAUAUUUAUGAUUCCAGUCCAGUUGAUUUUACGAGUGAUAUGGGGGUUCGAUUUAUUCUUCACCCAUCUGUUUUAAAAGUCUCCCAUCCUCCAAGAUUUGCUUCAUGGAUUGCCAAUGGCAUAGCAUCUGGUCUUGAUUCCCUUUUCCUCAACAGAUUUGAAUCACAACGUGCAGAGUAUUGGCGAACACUUUACUCCACCACUAGUAUGCAGGUUCCAUAUCUUAUAUUUUGUUCAGAAAAUGAUGAUCUUGCUCCGUUUGAAGUUAUUUCAAAUUUUUCCCAUCGACUAAAAGACCUUGGCGGAGAUGUCAAACUUGUAAAGUGGAGUUCCACUCCUCAUGUAGGUCAUUUUCGUCAUCAUCCGGAUGAAUAUGAAGCUGCUAUCACUGAGAUCCUUGGCAAGGCAGUUGCAAUUUACCGCCACAAAAACAGAAUAAUCGUAGAAGAGGAGAAACUGGGCAUAGAUGGAACAAGAGAUGAGAUCACAAAUCGGUUCUCUGAACUGAGGAAAGCAGCCACAACAUCAACUAGCUUCCAGGGUUUCGCUGUUGCUCCGAGUGAGAAUUUGUCUCCUAGUUCGAUGGAGUAUUACGACGGUAAAGAUGUUGGCUCCGUAACAGAUGAACGAAAAGGAAGAUUUAUUCAUCUCCCAAGCCGUCCAAGCAUCAAUGCUAACGGUGUUCUUGGCCAAAUAUUAUUUGAUGUUUGUGUUCCCAAGACAGUAGAGGAUUGGGAUGUUCGGUCAAAUCCAAAAAAUGCAGGACUAUUAUCUGGUACAAGGAGGCAUGCUCCUUUCAAUCCUAUAAAAUGCAUCCGGCGCUCAAGAUUGUAACAUUGUCGAAUGUUGACGCACAAGUUUCAGGUGGAUUUGAAGGUCCAUGUUUGCUUAAAAAAACUAAGAGAGAUCUUAUAGGCCUAGAGAUGUAGUAGCACCUGAAAUAAGAGGCAGAAGUACUUGUAAAUUCCCCUCUCAGCUGUCUUUUUAAUUACCGAGUAAUGUGAUUGAGAAGCUGGCUUUUUCCUGCGUGAAUUGUAUAGUUACUUCAAUGGAGAUAAAAUAUAUAUUUUAUGUUUUGACUGAAAUCACUGAGACAAGAAUAAUGUGGAGUUGUAAAUGUAAUAUCCUUCAAAUUAAGUUGACAAGCCUUGUUCA